CGCACCAUGGCAACUCUGGUUUUUGGGGGCCUCAGGCCAACAUCUGACAACUCUAAGUUGCAUGUGAAAUUUUGGAAAUUGCACCUGAAAUUUACGUUUCUGUGGCCGAGCUCCUGGUUUGGAGUCGCCGGUUGCGUAACAUUACGCGCCUGUUAGUGGUUUCUGACGCGAGUUCCCGGAUUCAGCUCUCGGAAUGGCGUUGGCACUGCGUAUGGCCCGAUUCUCAGCGGGUCCGGCGAUUCGCUGGCCCCAAGAUCGCCGCCGAUUGAUUCGCCUUUUCAGCGCUAGCGAUUGCGUUCCAAUGAUAUUGUGCUCAGAGCGCAGGGAGUUCGCCACAAAACCCUCUACGGCUCCAAACAAGACUCAAAUCAAGCGAAAUGUGGCCGCAGAGAUAACCAGCGUGGGUAAGGUCAUCUAUGAAACGGGCUGGGAUGCUAAUAAGCCACAAAUGAGUAGCCACACCUCCCCAAACCCGCCGACAUCAAAGAAACCGGAGGACGACAAGAAGCGCAAGGAUACGGCGGAAACCAUCAAGUCCAAGCGCGAUCAAAUGCGGGACAAUAUGCAAGACUACAUCUUUACGCGCUAUUUCAACUACGUUAAGAACUAUGACAAAGUGCUGGAGAAGAACUUUCCGAAGGCCAUGCAGCUGUAUCGGGUUUUCUUCGACGGCGUCAAGACCUUCUUUGGGGACAUGAAACGAUUCCUGAAGAUCGCCCGCAUAGCCAAUGACUCGCCGCAAGGCAUCCGGGCACUGAAUCGACAGGAGCUGGAGCUCUACAUGCAAAUGCCCCGAGACAUGAUCAAGGUGGCGCCAGCUUUGAUUGGCUGUUCACUGCCAAUGGUUGGCUAUGCCUUCUUUCCUCUCGUCUUCUGGAAUCCCCGCACCUUCCUUACCAGCCAUUUCUGGACACCGGAGCAGCGCUCCGAAUACCAGAUGUACUACAUGAAGAGACGCCUGUGCCACAACAAGCCGGUGUUUCGCUGCCUCCAGGCUAAGCUCAAGGCAACCGCUGCUCAUCCAAAGCACGCCCUGUUUGCAGACAUUCUGGGCCAACUGGGCAGUGGCACCCACCCAACGCCGGAGAUGCUGAUCGACGUCAAAGACAUAUUUGUAGAUGGACCCUACUCAUUACUGGGAAUGCCGCGAAAGCACGUAAAAAACCUAGUCAACCUUCACGGCCUGCCCAGCAGCCUAUUCAAGCGACAUCGUCUGCAUGAACACGCCUUCCUGGUGCACUACAUGGACCAGGCCAUAACCCGGGAGGGCGGAGUACACAACUUGCCACUGCCGGCUCUACGCUACUCCUGCUAUCUGCGCGGUCUGAAUCCGGAAUCGCUGAGCAACGAAGAGAUGAUCGAGUGGCUGCGCAACUGGGUGAAGGUGUCAACGUCAAUACAGGGCGAGCACAUCACAUUGUUCCUGCAUCUGCCCAUUCUGUUGGGCUACAACCAUCCCAGCAACUGGAAGACUAUCUACGGCAAGGAGGACAACUAAGAGGGAGCCGCUGUUCGUUCACGUUGUUUUGUAAAUUGUUUUCGGUAGACUGUGCUUUAAAUUAAUCGAUUGGACUGUUACGAACGUUUUUUCUAGCGUGGAAAUAAAACUGUUGAAACCAA